GUUGGUGUUGGGUCUUGCCUAGCCACCCCUUGUCUGUGCUGCCUCUUCUUUCAAAAAGCUCCUUCCCGCCAGGCACUACUACCUGGGUACGGCCUCCUUCCCUUCGCUUUCGCAGUCGUGGUCACCCUCUGACCUAGGGGUUUUUCCCUGCUGCCUCUGGUGGCAGUAGCUAGCAGCAUGGUAGAGAAGCGGUGCCCACGGCUGCAGAGAGAGAGCGUGUACCGCUGGUUUUCCGAACUGCCCUCUCCUCAGCGGGUGGAGUUCCUUUGCGGCCUCCUGGACCUGUGCAUCCCCCUCGAGUUGCGUUUCCUGGGUGCCUGCCUAGAGGACCUGGCCCGCAAGGACUACCACUCGCUGCGGGAUUCCGAAAUCAAGGCCAACAACCCGGCUGAUCUAGGCAGCCUCACCAACCUCACGGAUGAGGUGGUGCGCAGCAAACUCUUGGUCUCACUUGCGCUCCUGGGCUCGUCCCACCGGGAAGCAGCUGGGGUCCUCUUCCGCACCCUCACCCAUAUUGACUCUGUCAUCCACAACUAUGGACUGCAGCUCAAUGAGGGCCGGACUGGGGAUGAGUUUUUGCUGCUUUUCACCAUGGCAUCCAACCACCCUGCCUUCAGUUUCCACCAGAAGCAAGUGCUGAGGCAAGAACUCACCAAGAUCCAAAACAUCAUUGCCGGUACCAGCAAGAGCCCCAGCACUCCUACAGCUAGCACCAUGGGAACUUGUCCUGGUUGUCACAAGGUCACUCCAAGAUCUGAGACCCCCAUAAACAGCGUCGGUAACAGUUUAGAAAAUGCACUACAUACAUCAGCACAUUCCAUUGAGGAGUCAUUACCCAAGAGGCCUUCAGGGAAACACUCCAAAGUGAGUGUUGAAAAAGUGGAACUAAAGGGAUUAUUGCCUAAGAAGAAUGACAGGAACAUUGAAUAUUCCUUUGAGGUUUUAUGGUCUGAUUCUUCAGUGACAUCGGUAACAAAGUCUUCUGCUGAGGUGACUGAAUUCAUUUCAAAGUUAGGUCAACUGUACCCAGAAGAAAACUUGGAGAAAUUCAUUCCUUGCCUAGCUGGUCCAGAUUCAUUUUACUUAGACAGAAACCAUAUGGACCUGGAAUCGGACCUUAGGUAUUUGGCAUCGUUACCUUCGCACGUCUGGAAAAAUGACCAUGUCAAGAAAUUUUUCAGCACUUCACCUCACUCCCAACAAUUUCAGAGUUCAAGUCCUGGCAAUGCUUCCCUUUAUAAAGUUGGUACUACCCUGGGUGCUUCUGGAAGACCUAUCUGUGGCGUAGCUGGCAUCCAGUCUUCCCAGAACAGUCUUCAGCAUCAUGGGCAGCAUCCAGCUGCAGCGCCACUUGCGCUUCCCCACUGCACUCACUCAGGCGGGGCUGGAUCCACACUCGCUUGCCGCUCCCAGUUAGAAAACGCGUCACCCGUUUUAAUGACCUCUAGUCCUCAGACUCCCCAGGCCCAGGAACAGAACGGGAUUUUAGACUGGCUGCGGAAACUGCGCUUGCACAAGUACUAUCCGGUUUUCAAGCAGCUCACAAUGGAGAAGUUCCUGAGCCUUACUGAAGAGGAUUUGAAUAAAUUUGAAUCUCUCACUAUGGGAGCAAAGAAGAAACUCAAGACUCAGCUGGAGUUGGAAAAAGAAAAGUCUGAGAAACGGACCAUGAAUCCAGCUACCUCUGCUUCCGUGAGCACUGGGGUGGCCAGAGUUCCUCCUACUACUCAUAUUGGUCCUCUCCAGAGCAUCCGUGGUAACCAUACAGCAGAGCUGCGUGUAGAUGUGGAUCAAUCAGCCCCCACAACGCCCCGUGAAGGCAGCUCUUCCGAAUACUCCAGCUCCUCCUCUAGCCCCAUGGGAAUCCAGACCCGGGAAGAGAGCUCUGACAGUGCUGAGGAGAAUGAGAGACGUGUAGAGAUCCACUUGGGACCCUCAGAGAAGGAGAAGCCAGUAAUGAUACUGAAUCACUUCAACUCCAGCUCAGCCAGGCCGACCGCUCAGGUUUUACCAGUGCAGAAUGAGGCUGGGUCGAGUCCGUCCGCUCAUCACACCUUGCCUGUACAGAUGAUGGCUGCAGGCUCCCCUCACAUAAUCCCAAUUAGAAUAUUAAAUUCUAUGCACAAACCAGAGCGAGGAAGCACAGAUGUGAAGCUCCUGUCAUCGUCAGUGCACUCGCUUUUGUCUUUGGAUGACAGGACAAAAUUCUCACCUGGGGCACCUCGAGGCGGCAUCAAGAUGGAGAAGAGUUUUGGAAAUACUGUUGUGGACGGGAUGCCCGCAUCUCCCCAUCAGCCCGGACAAGUGCUCUCUGGCGUUCCCGAAAACGGCUCCUCCACACCUUCAAUUAGCUUUGGCCCACGAGCCAAAAUGGCCCACGCUUCCACCCUAGACAGAAUGGUGAAAACAGCCCAGCAGCCCGGGAUAAUUGUGGAAACGAGCACCACCGCCACUGUAACAUCCAGCACCGUCUUCCACAUGGCGCGACCCCCCCUCAAACUCCUAGUGUCCUCUUCGGUCCCUACUGAUUCCACCAUGGUGGGUCAAUCUUCCUGCUCCAACAAUAUGCAAUUUAGUGUCUCCCCAGCAAUAAUAACCCCCCGGACUGCUCUCUAUACAGCCAACACCAAAGUGGCCUUUUCUGCCCUGAGCAGUAUGCCCGUAGCCCCAAUGCCCAGCAGCAGCUUCUGUGCAAACAGCAACGCGGCCUCUUCUAGCAGUCACCCGCCCACGUCAUUCGCAAACAUGACAAACCUGCCCAGCUGCCCCGCUCCCAGUCCAAGCCCCACGCUUUCGUCGGCUGCCGAGAACAGUUUCUACAAUAGCAACGGUGGCUCGGGAGGGAGCAUCCCAGUACCGAACCAGAAUCACCACCACCACCAUCCGCAGCAGCCUCCUGGAUGCAUGGUGUGCAGUUCCUGCGGCUGUAGUGGAAACUGUGGUUCGAGCGGCAUGACUGUCAGUUAUGCCAACUACUUCCAGCACCCCUUUUCAGGGCCGUCAAUGUUUACUUUCCCAUUUCUGCCGUUCAACCCUUUGUGCAGCAACGGCUACAUCAACACGCAACAGUACAAUAGCAGCUCAGCUUUUCCUAUGGUUCACUCUCCGUACAACGGUGGCAUAACACCGGACUCUGUCAUGAGCGGGCAGUCCACGUUUGCUGUGCCACCGAUGCAAAGCUUUAUGGCAGGCACAGCAGGGGUUUAUCAAGCGCAGGGGAUGAUGAGCAACAACAGUGGUGCAGCCCAUAAAAAGAAUGGGAAUCUCUCCUGCUAUAACUGUGGAGGCAGCGGCCACCGAGCUCAGGACUGCAAACAGCCACCGAUGGAUUUCAAUCGACAAGGUACGUUUCGGUUAAAAUAUGCUCCACCGGCUGAAAGUUUAGAUUCCACGGACUGACAUUAACUUCACAGACUCGAUAUUUUGUGAUGGCAAAAGCCAUGGAGUAAUUGGGAAACUUCAAAUUGGAACCUGAGAAGUCCACUUGUUGAGCUUAUUGUUAUUUUUUUAAUCCAAAGGUGCUCUACUUCAACACUAGGAAGGAACUGAAGCUUAGGGGGUCUGUCAAACCCUUUUUUACUGAUUUGCCAAAAUUAUAACAUGGAUCUUAAUGUUGGACCUUCCAGAUGGUAGGUGAAACUGGCCAACUAUCCUUUCUGUUGUAUACAAACCGCUGCACUUUUUUCUGAAGAAUGUUGCCAUACUUUGACCUUCUGUGCUGGAAACUCGGAACUCCUGGGCAGCUAUGUUGUAAUUGGAGUGAGAGCUAGAGGUUGAUGGUACAGUAACCAUUUGCCUGCUGGACUCUGACAUUUUGAGGGUUGGUAAACAUGUCUACUUUUUCUCAAAACAAAUCAGGCACGACACUCUGGGAUUUUAAAGGAUUGCACUACAGAAGAAUACAUGAUCCUGUUCUGAUUAUCUGCACUUUUAGCAGACUGAGACAAGUGCGAGAGAUGUUCCAACCAUUGGAAAUAGGCACCAGCAGGCUAUGUGAACUUCUAAUAAAGAAAUCUCAAUCCUCUCUCUCUUCCAAAAGAA